AUGGACCAGACAAUUGUUGGUCCGGGAAUUGAUGCCGAGCAGCAAGUUGAUGUGGCCGCUGCGCCUACUCCAACUGGGACAGAGAUGUUCGACGAUAAUAGUCCGAACGAGAACGAUAAAGCAGCCUGUGUAACAACAGUCGAGGUAGAUGUGGAAAAUUCGGCUUAUACCAUACUGUGCCACAGCGAUGGCCUGAACGCGUCGGAUAAGCAGUGUGAAAGCGUGCCGUGUUCACCACGUGUAAUUGCUGGAAGAAGAGGAAGUGGAGGAGGCAAAAGCAUGGUUAAUGCCGAUAUGUCGCUCCCGUUUAUCUGCAGCUUUGAUAAACUGUGUUUGGCCACACUGGAUGCAAAUGGCCAAUGUCUGGACGCACAAGGGCAUGCUAUCAUAUCCAGAUAUAAUGUGGAUACUGUUUCCCGGGAUCUGUUACCAAGUAGUGGCAUAUGUUGGGCUUUGAUGCAGCUCGCUUGUAUGACGCAAUGUUUGGUAUGA